GCAGGGAUCACAACCCCACACCGGCAGUGUGCGCGAAGGCUGCCGGGACGGUGGCAUGGCAGCCUGUAGCGGGAGCCGCGGACUGGGGUUUGGAGGUUGACAUGGAGGAUGCGGCGGCCGGAACCGAGAGGAAUCUGCGGGGCUCGGGGGUAGCGGUGCUGCUGGGGCAGGAGUCCGGCCGGCCCGUUCCCUGCUGCCCGCACGGUCCUACUCUUCUGUUUGUAAAGAUUAGCCAAGGAAAAGAAGAGGGAAGAAGAUUUUAUGCUUGUUCAGCAUGUAGAGAUAGGAAAGACUGUAAUUUUUUUCAAUGGGAAAAUGAGAAGGUGUCAGAAGCUAGACUUUCAGCACGAGAAGAAGUUAAUAGAAGUUGUCAACCCUCUUUGUCACACAGACAGAACGUGGAAAGGUAUAAGCAGUUUGGUCUAUUGCCAUUAUCAGAAAGGAAAUUUUGUCAAGAAUGCCAGCAGUUGCUAUUGCCCAUGGAGUGGGGAAAACACUCUGGCCAUCAAGUACUUAGUGAUAUCUCCAUUGCCCAUUUACAAAGGCCCAGUCAACUUUUGUGUCCACUGAAGAAUAAGAAGACAAAUGCACAGUAUUUGUUUGCAGAUAGAAGCUGUCAGUUUCUGCUGGACCUUAUUAUUGCACUAGGAUUCAAAAGAGUGCUCUGUGUUGGCACACCAAGGCUUCAUGAGUUGAUCCAAUUAAAAGUGUCACGAGAACAGGAGUCCUGUGUUAAAAGCCUUCUGCUAGAUAUUGAUUUCAGGUAUUCACAGUUUUAUACAGAGGAAGACUUCUGCCACUAUAAUAUGUUUAACCAUUAUUUCUUUGGUGGAGAGGCUGCACAUGAAAUCUGUAGAAAAUUCUUGCAUCAAGAGAAAGGUGAAGGAGUCAUAUUGGUGACUGAUCCCCCAUUUGGAGGUUUGGUGGAGCCCUUGGCUUUUAGUUUCAAAAAGCUGAUUGCUACAUGGAGAGAGACACAAGAGGAAGAUCACAGCAGCAAAGAGUUGCCAAUUUUUUGGAUAUUUCCAUACUUCUUUGAGUCUCGCAUUCUUGAAUUUUUCCCAAGCUUCAGUAUGAUGGAUUACCAGGUAGACUAUGAUAAUCAUGCACUUUAUAAACAUGGAAAGACAGGACGUAAACAGUCUCCUGUUCGUAUUUUCACCAACAUUUCCCCAAGUAUGAUAGUACUUCCUGUGGAAGAGGGUUACAGGUUUUGCUCUGUGUGUCAGCGAUAUGUUAGUUCAGGGAACCAGCACUGUGAGAUCUGCAAUUCAUGUACGUCAAAAGAUGGAAGGCGAUGGAAUCAUUGCUUUCUUUGCAAAAAAUGUGUAAAGCCCUCUUGGAUUCACUGCAACACUUGCAAUCGCUGUGCUCUUCCAGGUCACACUUGUGAGAGUGCUAAAGCUGGCUGCUUUAUUUGUGGUGGAGCAGGUCACAAACGCAGCACCUGUCCUAAUCUUUCUGUGACUGAAAGAGCUGGCAAAGCUGACAGAAAUCAGAAGCUAAAGAAGAACAAAAGAUAAAAAUGGAUACAGUUAAAAGGCCAUAUGUGAAGCAUGCUACAUUCUCAAGGAAAAAAAUCAAGAACAAGAAAAAGAAAAACACUCUUGCCUGUUAAUCUUCAUUUACCUAAAACUGUGAAUGAUUUUACAGCCAACUUUUGCUUUUCUGUACAUGUUUGUUAAUAUGAACUUUCAGAUAAAAUCUGGUUGAAUUAAAAAUUACUACUUGUAAUUAGCAAUAGGACAAAACUGCUAUACAAGCUGCUGUUUCAGUUUGUAAACGUUUUCAAAUGGGAAAUAGAAAUCAGUGUAUAUACACUGUAAAACAUGUCUGUGUUAAAAUAAAAAGUGGAAUAAUAUUAUACAGGACUAUUAAGUUAAAGGGACAGGAAUUUUAAUAGCUUUCAGUUAACUUGGUAUUGACCUUAUAAAACAAAACAUAAUUUUUUGUCCUUUUUUCAAACAUUUCCACCCAACUCUUACACUGUCUCAGCACCAUGCACUGGGGCCAUCUAACAGCCUUUUGUUGUUUAUCUAGUGGUAUGUUGAUUGUAUCACUGCAGUAAUGGAAACCAAUGCUUUAUAAUUUCUAGAUAAGUAGACGUAUGUAAUUUUUAAAUUUUAGCCACAGUGGGGACAUUGUAGACAACAAAAAUACAGAGGCUGUUCCUCUCCAGCUGUUACAAUAUUUUUAGUAGGAUUUUAGUGAUAAACUUAACAAUAGAUUUAUAGAUUCUAAGGUUAGGGACCAUUGUGAUCUUCUAGCCUGACCCCUAUAGCACAGGCUAUAGAACUUCCCCAAAAUAAUUCCUAGACAAGUGCCCCUUGUUACAAUAUUUUUAAAUAAGGGAUUUUUUAAAUAAAUAAACUUAAAUGUAUAACCUCAUUUACUAGCGGUGAUGAGUCUCAAGUUCAAGGAAACUUGUACAAAUUAUUCUUGAUACUGUGCUAGACAUGAAUAUAACAAAUUCAGAGGAAAAUGAAAUGAGCAAUGCAAUGGAAAAUAAACUUUAUAACUGUA